UCACUUCCGCUUCCUGCCGCUCCUGAAGUGAUUUCCGCUCCUUUUGCUGCGCGGCGUUUCAGUCUGUCUUGAGGUGAACUGUUACCGAGGAGCGGCGAGGCCGGCGCACCGCAGCCAUGACGGAGGCUGAUGUGAAUCCAAAGGCCUAUCCCCUCGCAGAUGCCCACCUCACCAAGAAGCUGCUCGACCUUGUUCAGCAGUCAUGUAACUACAAGCAGCUUCGGAAAGGAGCCAAUGAAGCCACCAAAACCCUCAACAGAGGCAUCUCUGAGUUCAUUGUGAUGGCAGCAGACGCUGAGCCCUUGGAGAUCAUCCUGCACCUCCCUCUGCUGUGUGAAGACAAGAAUGUCCCCUAUGUAUUCGUGCGCUCCAAGCAGGCUUUGGGACGGGCCUGUGGCGUCUCCAGGCCAGUCAUCGCCUGUUCUGUUACCAUCAAAGAAGGCUCCCAACUAAAGCAGCAGAUCCAGUCCAUUCAGCAGUCUAUUGAAAGGCUCUUGGUGUAGGCUGUGGCCUCUGCCCCUUCCUGUCUACUCCCACCCUGUCUGUGUCUGUUAGCAUGUACUAUUUUCAGCCAGUUUCUAUUAUAUUGUACUACAUCUGGUUUUUGUAUUUUUAUUUUUGUCUUAACAGGCUUGUUUUUCACCAUCUCA